UCGAUAGAUUCACAACACUCUAGUUUUAUCAUUCUUUUCCAAAGCUCUUCGUCAAGUUGCUUCGAUCAAUCUCACCAGUUCUCUUUUGGAAAUCGGAGAUGUCAGGAAGAGGAAAGGGAGGGAAGGGAUUGGGAAAGGGAGGAGCCAAGAGGCACAGGAAGGUUCUCAGAGACAACAUUCAAGGUAUCACCAAGCCUGCCAUUCGUCGUCUUGCUCGCAGAGGUGGUGUCAAGCGUAUCAGCGGUCUCAUCUACGAGGAGACCAGAGGUGUCCUCAAGAUCUUUCUCGAGAAUGUCAUUCGUGACGCCGUCACCUACACUGAGCACGCUAGGAGGAAGACGGUUACCGCCAUGGAUGUUGUCUACGCCUUGAAGAGGCAAGGCCGCACUCUCUACGGUUUCGGCGGUUAAUCUCAGAAUUAUUAGGGUUAUGGAAUUUGGGAAAUUCUGGUUUCUGAGAUCCGUGUUAAUGGUUCGAUUAGUCAUAUAAAAAAAAAAAAAAGUAAAUCUAGGAGUUUAGCUACUGCUUUUGUUUUUUCUGUUGUUAUGUUUGUUCUUUGCCAAUGUGAUGUGAUGAUGAUGAUGUAGUUUAAAAUCUUUGCAAUCUUAUGCUUAGAAGAAAAUCUAAUGAGAAUGAACCCCAAUUUGCUCAA